AUGAGGCUCGUUUCGUCUCUCUUGCUUCUCCUCCUGGUCGCCUGGCUUGCCGCACCCAACAGCGCUGCCUCGACUACCCCGGUGGCAUGGACGAAGUCCAACCCGACCGCCACCGUGGCGGAUCUGACCGAUAUCACGUAUGGCGCUGGACUCUACGUGGCCGUCGGCGGUAACAGGCUCACCAUCAUCACUUCGACUGACCUCCAGUCGUGGGAGGUGGCCAAGCUGCCCUACGAGGCGCGCAUAGACUUAGGGACCUGGUCCAUCGCCUAUGGACCCGAGGCCGGCUUCGUAAUCACGUCUGACGCCAGCGUGGCCACGCUCGUUUCCAAAGACGUCAUGGAGUGGACCAUGCACGACCAGCCAUCUUCGACCUACCGACGCGAUGUGAUCUACGGCAAUGGCGUCUACGUGGCCGGACCCCGCGACUACACGCCGAGCAAGGUGGCCGUGUCGAAGGACGGCAUCGCGUGGACCUACCACAAUGUGAUUCCCGACGACCUGCUGCACCGGUCCAGCAUCCACGGCGUUUCUUUUGUCAAUGGUCAAUUUGUGGCCUAUGGCAGUGACGGCCAGAGCACGGGUGCGCUCUACAGCUCGGUCGACGCUAAGUCAUGGUCGCUCUACCGCAACAUCACGGAGUCCUACCCCGGCCUCAUCUACCAGGUCAUAGACCUGCAGGCCGGCUCCUCGGCAACCCUUGUCGCCCUCGUCGGCUUUUCCAACUACACGGCUCUUCUGACUUCGAUCGAUGACGGCCACACGUGGGAGGCCACGCUGCGCUCGCCCUAUUCCGGCUUAGGUGGACCGCUCAGCUUCGGCAACGGCGUCUUCUUCGCCUCGCUGCGGAACGGCACAUUCAACAGCUUCACCACGGUGGCCUCGUUCGACAACGGCCGGUCGUGGGGUCCUGCCCCCAAGACGCUGAUCAGCCACGCCUCGGUGCCCCAAUUUGUCCGUGGCAAGUUCGUCAACGUCUUCAAGUCGGGCCUCAUCCAGGUGUCCCACGACAACGGGCACACGUUCAAGUCGCUCGACGAGGGCAUCACCACCCCGUUCUACUCCUUCAUCAACACGCCGCCAGGCUACGAGCUCAACGGCCUCUACACCUACAAUCCUUCAACCAUUCUCGGCAGUGCCGACGGCGUCGAGUGGUCCGAGGUCGUCACGCUGUCCAAGGGCCUCGAUCAGCUCACCUACUACUCUGAGCUCGGAGCCUGGGUCGCCACCGACUCGCAGCAGCUGGUGAUCUCCAAGGACCUGGUCGAUUGGCGGACUCUGGGCGGGCCUAACAUCCCGCCGAUCGAUGGGGACUCGAUCGCCCUGACCGCGUUCGCAAACCAGGAUGACGGCACGUGGCUCGCGCUCUUCAACUUCUGGAACCGCUGGGGAGCGGUCUACACUCUCUAUCGCUCCAGCAACGUCACCCAGUCUGCGGCGUGGACGACGGUGGCGUCGGACAUGGAGAGGGCCCAGGACGUUGAGGCCGGCAAUGGGGCGAUUGUGCUGCUGACCACCUAUGGCGACCUUCAGUCCUCGACCAACGGCGGCAGCACGUGGCGCAAGCACUCAGGGCCGGCCGGUCAGCUCGCAAGCAUCCAGUACGUGGCCAAGGCCUUCGUGGCAGUGGGGCAGGACCAGCGUUCGGUCUACAUCUCGAGCGACUCCCAGACCUGGACCACUUUCCGCUUCGCCGACGCGCCGCAGGCCCUGGUGCAGACGAACGUGUUCGUUGUCGUGGUCGAUGGCGAAGAGCGCGCGGCGGUGUCGCUCACCGACGGCUCCAUCCGCAUGUACGACCCCACCGCCAAGGCGUGGGCCGAGUGGACCACCAUCCCCAACAGCUUCGACGGCGUGGACGGAGUGAGGAGCAACCCGAAGGGCGUCUUCGUGGCCGUCAACGCCCGAAACAACGAAAAGAUGAAGCUUGUUUCAACUCUCCUGCUUCUCCUGCUAGUCGCCUGGCUGGCACCACCCAGCGGCGCUUCGGCUGCGUCGGUGACGUGGAGGAAGACCAACCCGACCGCCACCGUGUCCUACCUGACCGAUAUCGCGUACGGCGCGGGCCUCUAUGUAGCCGUCGGCGGCAACACCAUCAACAUCAUCACCUCGACCGACCUCCAGUCGUGGGAGGUGGCCAAGCUGCCCUACGAGGCGCGCACUCUGAUCGGGACCUGGUCCAUCGCCUACGGACCUGAGGCCGGCUUCGUCGUCACAUCUGCUGCCAACCCCACGCUUGUUUCCAAAGACGGCAAGGAGUGGACCGUGCAUGAGCAGCCAUUCAUGACCUACCGGUUCAACGUGAUCUACGGCAAUGGCGUCUACGUGGCCGGACCACGCAUGGACUACACGUCAGGCGAGGUGGCCGUGUCAAAGGACGGGAUUGCCUGGACCUACCACAAUGCGAUUCCCAGCGACAAGUCCAACAUCAACGGCGUUUCUUUCGUCAAUGGCCAAUUCGUGGCCUAUGGAAGGGACGGUCAGAGCACGGGCGCUCUCUACGGCUCGGUCGACGGCAAGUCAUGGUCGCUCUACCGCAACAUCACGGAGUCCUACCCCGGCCUCAUCAACCAGGUCCUCGAGCUCCAGGCCGGCUCUUCCACCAUCGUUGCCCUCGUCGGCUUCUCCGACUACACGGCGCUCCUGACUUCGACCGACGACGGCCUCACGUGGGACGCCACGCUGCGCUACCCCACUUCUGGCUUUGGCGGACCGCUCAGCUUCGGCAACGGCGUGUUCUUCGCAUCGCUGUAUAACAACACCGUCCCUGCUUUCGUCACUGUGGCCUCGUUCGACAACGGUCAGUCGUGGGAGCCCGCCACCGACACGCUGAUCAGCGCCGCCUCGGUGCCUGACUUUGCCAACGGCCAGUUCAUCAACCUCGGCAAGGCGGGCCUCAUCCAGUUGUCCCACGACAACGGGCACACGUUCAAGUCGCUCGACGAGGGCAUCACCACCCCGUUCAGCACCUUCGUCGACACGCCGCCGGGCUACGAGCUCAACGGCCUCUCGUUCUUCGUGCAGACCCUCACCAACCCGUCGACCAUUCUCGGCAGCGCCGACGGCGUCGAGUGGUCCGAGGUCGUCACCCCGUCCAAGUCCCUCAGCCAGCUCACCUACGUCGAGCACCUCGGGGCCUGGGUGGCCACCGAUUCGCAGCAGCUGGUCGCUUCCAAGGACUUCGUCAAUUGGCGGGUCUUGGGUGGACCGAAGGUUCCGUCGAACGAUUUGGAGGCAACCGAUCUGAUCGCCUUCGCCAAUCAGGACAACGGCGAGUGGCUCGCGCUCUUCAACACCUGGAACCGGUGGACCUCCUACUCGGCCUUCACCUUGUAUGGCACCAGCGGCAACCUUGGCUGGUCUUCGAUCGCGUCGGGCCUCGAGCUGGCCCAGAAGGUGGUGGCCGGCAACGGAGCGAUUGUGGUGCUGACCGGCUCUGGCGACCUCCAGUCGUCCACCAACGGCGGCUACACGUGGCGCAAGCAGGCCGGGCCGGCCGGCGCGGUCAUCGCCGCCGUCCGCUACGUGGCCAAGACCUUCGUGGCGGUGGGGCAGGACCAGCUGUCGGUCCACGUCUCGAGCGACUCCCAGGUCUGGACCACGUUCAGCUUCGCCGACGCGCCGCAGGCCCUGGUACAGACGAACGUGUUCGUGGUCGUGGUCGACGGCGAAGAGCGCGCGGCGGUGUCGCUCAACGACGGCUCGGUCCGCGCCUACGACCCCACCGCCAAGGUGUGGGUCGUGUGGACUACCAUCCCCGACAGCUUCAACGGUGUGGACGGGGUGAGGAGCAACCCAAAGGGCGUCUUCGUGGCCGUCAACGGCGUCAGCAACGAAGUCUUCACCACCGCCGCCUGA